UCCAAUCAUCCUAAUAAUUUAAUUGUUAUGCAGUUUGAUCAUGCUGCGUGCCAUUCAUAAGAUUCUGUGGAGUUUCUCGGUGCAACAGCAGAAGGAGGGGCUCUCCUCUCCUCUUCUAUCCUCUCCUCUCCGUUCUUUCACCUCACGCUGGGAGAUUCCGGAUUUGGUCGCAGUCUCUCCUCACCAUCCUGUCUGUUAAGUAAACAGCCUCUACAGCAGCUACCAGCCUGCAGCCACGAUGUUUUUGCCGAGAAGAGGAGAGGGGUUUGUGUUUUUGGUGGCGCACGCUGCGUCCCCCUGUGAAUCGUGGACAUUUCGCAGCCCGCUGUUGUUUUAGGUGCUCUGGAUGUCAGGGAGCACCAACCAGCCAAACACAUCGUGCAUGGCUUUCAUUGACCUGUAUUUUCUGCUAUGCAUCCCUAAUGGGGAAAUGUGGGUCGGAAGCUGCAGCUGAGGUUCACCUUGCGCUGUGAUGACUGAUUUAUAUAUAUAUAUUGCCCGCGUUUUAUUAACAUAUUUGCUGAGAAAACAUCACCUAAUUGUUGGCUGCACGUAUUUUCCCAGCUCUCCGUUCGGCAGUUUUUUCACGGUAAUUCCCGCGAUCUGAACAUGCUUUUGUAGUUCCCGUGGCCAGCAUCUUUCAACCUUACUUAGAAAUAAUCAUCUAGGAUCUCUGCGUGGUCGAGAUGGAUGGCUGGAGCCGGGCAGCUACGGUGGGGGACGGUGCGGUGAAUUUCACAGCAGCCCGCCUCUGGCUGGAUCUCCUGAACGCAUCGGGCCGGUGGGACAGCAGCAGCAGCAGCAGUCCGCCUGCAGACGGAACCGGGCUGCAGGAGCAGCCGGAGCGCCUGGUCCGAGAGCAAGCCUACCGGGACUUCACCACCACCGUCCAGGUUCUCAUCCUGAUUGGGUCGCUGCUCGGUAAUGCGACCGUGCUGUGGUGCACCUGCUGCACGACUGUCUUUAAAUCAGUUACCAAACGAUUCAUCAAGAACCUGGCGUGCUCCGGUAUCUGCGCCGGACUCGUGUGCGUCCCCUUCGACGUGGCGCUGGGGGCCAGUCCCCGCUGCUGCCUGUGGCUUCACACUCUGCUGCUCUGCAAGGUCGUCAAGUUCCUGCAUAAACUGUUCUGCUCCGUCACUGUGCUCAGCUUCAGCGCCAUCGCACUCGACAGGUACUACUCAGUUCUGUACCCGCUAGAGAGGAAAAUCUCCGAUUCCAGAUCUCGAGACUUGGUCAUCUACAUCUGGGUCCAUGCAGUCGUGGCCAGCCUCCCCGUGUUUGCCGUGUCCAACGUUACCGACGUCUACGUCACCUCGACCUGCUCAGAUGACCACGCCCGCUCCUUGGGUCACGUUGUCUUCGUUUUGAUCUACAAUGUCACCACGGUGAUCUUCCCCCUGGCCCUGGUCUUUCUGUUCAUGCUCCUGAUCCGCAGAGCGCUCAGUGCCAGCCAGAAGAAGAAGGUGAUCAUUGCAGCGCUGCGGACCCCGCAGAACAGCAUCUCCAUCCCGUACGUGUCGCAGAGAGAGGCAGAGCUUCACGCCACCCUGCUGGCCGCCGUGCUGGCUUUCUCAGCCUGCAGUGCCCCUUAUGGAGCCUUGGUGGUUUACCGUACUGUUUUUGCAGACACUAAAGAGUUACCCGUCUCACUUUAUCUCACAGCCCUAUGGCUCCCCAAGGUUUCGCUUCUUACCAACCCAAUCCUGCUCCUGACGGUUAACCGCUCGGCCCGUCACAGCUGCAUGGAUCUUCUGUUCAGGAUUCACAGGCGUUACAGCCGCCGAAACGCGGUCACCACCGGCAGAUUGGCGUCUAUUGCGGGCGAGGGGCCAGUCGGGGAGCCAGUGGGCCUUGAUACAGCUGGUCGCUCUGGGAGCCAGCUUUUGGAGAUGUUCAACAUUGGCCAACAGCAAAUCUUUAGACCUUCUGAAGAGGAGGAGGAGGAGGAGGAUGUGAAGAAUGAGAUUCCUUCUGAAGCAUCAGGAGGCAACUCGGAGCGCAAGGAAAACCAGAAGGAUGGGUCAAGGCUGGGAAGCUUAAAGGGUGAAGUGAACGUACCAAGGGAUCCUGUUGGAGGGCUGAUCAUCACUAAAGAAGCCCCUGCUUCAGCUAAAGCGACUCGGGCCUCUCCCGUUCACGCAUGCGCGUACACUUCCUCGUCGCAGGUGGCGCCCGCUACGCCCACAGAAGCGGAGGACUCUCCACAGUUCGGUUUCGGACCUUUUGAGCUGCCACCUCAGUGGCUUCCUGAGACCAGAAACAGCAAGAAGAGGCUGCUGCCUCCGCUGGGUAACACGCCAGAGGAGCUGAUCCAGACCAAACUGCCCAGGCAGCGGCCCGAGCGGCGGAUCAGCAGGAACAACAAGGUCAGCACGAUUCCUGUCGUGGAUCCGUGAACUGAGUCUGCGCCACUGGAUACAACUCAGUGCAGGCAUUUAACAACGAUGACUUCAUAUGGUUGGCUCGAACUCUAGUUUUUGACAAGAUUUUUCCUUUCUUUACUCGAACUCAGACUUUCCAGUUUACUAAACCAGAGGCACUGUGGAGGAGAAACGGUUUGAUAUGACUUAUUUGUAAUGUUUUAGUCAAGUUGACACUUUUACCACAGUUUUGACUAAUCCUGGUUUUUAAUUAUAGAACAUAAUAAAAUGUUUGAGAAGACGGAUGCCUUUGCAGAAAUACUCAUAGCACUUGAGCUUUUGAAAGAUUUUUUACGUUACAUUCAUAAACUUGACUUUAUUUUACUUUUUUAAUGUAUCUAAUGGACCAACACUAAGUAAAUACUUAAUUGUUUAGUGGAAUAAAUAUUCUGCAUGGUUUUCUGUAAUCUUAGGCCAUCCUACUAUGCAAAAUUUACAUUUUGCACAUUUUUGUUCUUUGAUUUGAGUUUUUAUUGCUUCUGGCCUUUGGCAAUAAGUAGAACCAUUUUUGGUGUCUGGAAAGUAAGCUGUUUCAAAAACCUUCUGAAAGUAGCAUCACAAAUCAGCAGGCACUGCCCUGUUACUUCACAACCCUAGUGAAGCCUAGUCUGUCACCUGGCAACCCAAGCGGAUUUCCGGCAGAUUUGGUCAGCAGUACUCUGUGCAAUGGCUGCUAGAAAAGACAAGUGUUUUGUUCUUGACUUACCAUCCAUCAACCACUGGCUGCAUUAUUGCUGGUUGUGCAGGAGGCUCUACUUAUGCUUUUCAAAGAUGUACGGUUGGAUAAUUGUGCAACUUUUUGCAGCCAUUUUCACAUAUGAGUGUGAAAAUGGCUAAUAUGUACCAAUAAUUCUCAAUAUCUAAGAAUGAUUUUGUACCAAAAAAUGUAAUGAACAUUUUUUAUAUCCCAUAAACCUAUUCUGACAUGAUCAAGGAAGUAUAAUUGGUCACCUUUAAAGAAAAAACUUGAAUCUGAAAGGCUUUUGAAGAUGCAUCAUGUCUCAUCUUCUUUGCAAGAUAAUUCAUGCUCUCAGAUUGGGUAGAGACUGAAGGUGAACAGCAGUUUUGAAGUUUUGCCACAAAUUCCAAGUUGGAUUUGGGCUAUGACUUUGACUACGCCAUUCUAACGAAUUAAGAUUCUUCCUGCUGGAAGGCGGAGCUGUAUCAUGUGGAAAGCUGUGUCUUGGUAUGUUUAUUGUGCCAUACUGUUUCCAUUUUUGGAUGAUUAAGUAGAUUAUCUGAGAUGUUCAAAGACCCCUGAUGGGAUUUUAUUUCAAGCCAUUCAUAAUUUUCUUAUGUCACAAGUUACUUUGUGUUGGUCUUUCACAUAAAAAAACCCAAUGUAGUCCUUUGAAGAUUGUGGUUGUAACAUGAAAAAAUGUGCAAAAGUUCAAGGGGUGUGAGCAAGUUUGCAAGCUGGGCUGUCUGCUAUUAAAAACAAGAAAUCCAAUCAUAAUGACGGAUAUGCUAAAGAUUUUGCAUAUAUUUCCACAAGCUAUUCCAAUAAAGACUUGUAGAAAACUCUCCUGGUUUCACAGUUUGAUGAGAUUGUUCUUUAUUUCUGAACACAUCUCAAAUCAUUUGUAACAAUUUGCCUUUUCAGUUUUCGCUGAAAUAUUUGAAAUCUGCAAUCUGAUUUCUACUCUUUGUUUUCUGCAGGUUCCUAAUUGGAAACGUCCCUGUCUCUACUAAUAUUUUACACAUUAUUAUUGUUCAUUCUUUUACUGUAUGUGAGUUUCAUAUGCUGAAAAGUGCAGAUGUGGAUUAUGCAAAUACAGGUUUUAAAUGACCCAAACCGCUCCUGAUUUUAUUUUAGAUCAGUUUCAUUGGGUAAAAAUCAAGAUUUAUAGAAAUAAGAAUGAUUUAAAUGCCCUGAAUCUGUUCUACUGACUUCUUUUAGGUUUGCAACAGUCCUUUUCUAAAAAAAAAUAAAUAAAUCAAGCAAGCAGAGAUCAAAAGCUCCAACUGACUUUUCUAGCUCUGUCUUCUUCGUGAUGCAUAAUUCGAUAGUAGCCGCUUCAUCCUUAGCCUUUGUCUGAGGCAAACAGAGCUGGGCUGCACCUCAAAUAUUUGCAGAUCAGUAUCCUCUGUUGAGGAUACCCACAAUGCUUUGCUAUGUCCACAAAGAACUUGAAUCUCUGACUCAUACCAUCUCCAGU